UGUUGUACUGAUCGCCCCUCGACCCUCGCGUUGGUUGGUCAAUUCUCGCAGGAUUAGAAAUAUGUUUAGCAGCACAAAAAAAUAACUGAAACAACCUUGGAGAACACGCGAAUUUCCGUUUGAUCUCGGAUCUGGCCAAUUCGGAUUUCCAUAUCCCCCUAUCUUCGCCCGCGAGCUCCUCACCGCUCCCCCGAGAUUAGGGGGGGAGCGCAAGUGCCUGAAGUAAGCCUAAUCCUAACCGCCGCCGUCAUGACGGCGCCCAAGCUCAAGCUCCUAGCUCUUCCUACUCUGCUGGUCCUCAUCCUCCUCCUCCUCCUCUCCGCCGCCCGGCGGCGCGUCCUUCUGGAGACGCUCCUCCUCCGCGCCCCGGUCCUCCCGGGCGACCUCCUCCCGCUCCUGCCCUGGCCCGUGGCGCAGCCGCUGCUCCGCCGCCUCGCGCUGCGGGGCCCCGCCGACCUGCUCCCGGCUUUCGUCGGGGCCGCGCGCGCGCCGGGGUCCGACGACGCCUACCCGGUCGCCGAGUGGAAGGGCGCCUGCUUCUACGAGAACAGGGCGUGGGUGGAGUUCCGCAACGGGACCGGCGGGGGGCUCGGAGGCGGCGUAGUCCAUGUGGAGACAUCCAAAGCACACAGCUGGACUUGCAUAGAUCUGUAUGUAUUUGCAACACCAUACAGAGUUACAUGGGAUUACUACUUUCUGGGGCGAGAGCACACUCUUGAUAUCAAAGAAUGGGAAAGCGAGGCUGAGUAUGAGUAUGUGAAACGUAAUGGUGUGUCCAUCUUCCUCAUGCCAUCUGGAACAAUUGGCACACUUCGAGCACUCUGGGAUGUCUUCCCUCUGUUCACAAAUACUGCAUGGGGUGAGAACGCGAAUCUUGCUUUUCUCGAGAAGCAUAUGGGUGCCACCUUUGAGGAACGCCCAAAACCUUGGGUCUCAGAGUUAAAUCCUGAUGAUAUCCAGUCGGGAGAUUUCUUGGUUUUAUCGAAGAUUCGCGGGCGUUGGGGUGGUUUUGAAACACUGGAGAAGUGGGUUACUGGCGCUUAUGCUGGCCAUACUGCGGUUUGCCUGAGGGACUCCGAUGGAAAGCUUUGGGUUGGGGAAUCUGGUAAUGAAAAUGAACAGGGAGAAGAUGUUAUUGCUAUCCUGCCCUGGGAGGAAUGGUGGGAGUUUGAAGUGACAAAGGAUGACUCAAAUCCUCAGAUUGCACUGCUUCCUUUGCAUCCAGAUCUGCGGGCAAAAUUUAAUGAGACAGCAGCUUGGAUUUAUGCAAAAAGCAUGGAGGGGAAACCUUAUGGGUAUCACAAUAUGAUAUUUAGCUGGAUUGAUACCAUCAGUGAUAAUUAUCCACCACCAUUAGAUGCUCAUGUGGUUGCUUCUGUUAUGACUGUAUGGAGCAAGCUUCAACCAGAGUAUGCUGCUAAUAUGUGGAAAGAAGCCCUUAACAAACGGCUUGGAACUAAGGGUCUUGACCUUUCUGAAAUCAUAGUGGAAUCAGAGAAACGUGGGAUAACAUUUGACAAGUUACUAUCUGUUCCUGAGAACGAUAGCUGGGUCUAUGAAGAUGGUCAGUCAGCAUCUUGUGUGGCUUUCGUCCUUAUGAUGUACAAGGAGGCUGGACUCUUUGACCCUAUUACCAGCUCUAUUGAAGUUACUGAAUUCACAAUAAAAGAUGCUUAUAUCCUCAACUUUUUUGAGGACAACUCGACCCGACUUCCGGAGUGGUGCAACAAGGAUGACGAUGUGAAGCUUCCCUUUUGCCAGAUCAAGGGCAAGUACCGGAUGGAGCUGCCUGGAUACAACACCAUGAAACCCUAUGCCCACAUGAACGAGAGAUGUCCAUCCCUGCCUCCAGAUUACAACAGGACUAAGGGCUGCUAGUGCUAACCAGAUAUGCGUGUGCAUUUUAUUCACGCUCCCUUGUAGCCAUUGCUUCAGCUGUAAAUAUUAUACAUUUAUACUAGUAUAAUAGUACUAUGGGGGUAUGUACUGCUUGCCCUUGAGAAGCGUGUAUUGAUUGUAGGCAACUUAUGUGAGACUUCCUCGAAUAAGGAAGAACAUGAAUCACACAAAUGUACAGUAACCAUGCUUGAUCUUUUUAUCAGUGUUUACUUAUGUAACAGUAAAAAAUGUAUAAUGUAUGUGCGCCUUUGGACUGAGCUGAUUA